UUUUUCAGUCAAUGCAAACAAAUAUGUGGCCGGAAUUCCAACAAAUUUUCGGUAUAAAAGGAACUAAUUUUUUUGAAUCACUAUCAGUUCGAUUUGAUUGAAGUGACAAUCUACAAUGAAGUUCUUUAUUGCUGUCGUCGUAGUUGCAUUCUUCGCUGCUGUCAGCGCUACCCCAUGUGGUGGUAGAUGUGGUGGUGGUGGUGGUGGUGGAGGCGGAAGUGGUGGACUUCUUGGAGGACUUCUAGGAGGUGGUGGUGGUGGUGGAGGUGGUGGUGGUGGUCUUCUUGGUGGACUUCUAGGAGGCGGUGGCGGCGGUGGAAGCGGAGGUGGACUUCUUGGAGGACUCCUUGGAGGAGUUCUAGGGGGUGAUGGUGGACUCAUCGGCACCGUGACUGGUGUUGUUGGCAAUCUUGUUCCAACUCUUGUUGGAACACUUGGUUCAACUCUCAGCAGUCUUGACGUCACUGGACAACUCACUGUAGUUAUUGAUGUUCUUGUUGGCGCUGUUGGCAGCCUCACCGGUAGCUUGGGUGGUUUAACUGGAGCAGGAAACGGUAGUAGCUGCGGAAACGGUUCAUUCGACUUCCUUGGAGAAAUCUACUAUCAACUCGAUGUCGUCCUUCAGCUUCUCCUAACCUUUACAUCUAUCGAAACCUUCGAUAUUGAUGCAAUCAUCGCUGGUCUCAAUAAUGUUUUCUCUCUAUUGUCAGCUGCUUUCGGUGAAGAAGUCAUCAACAUUUUCAUUCAAAUCGUAGGACAAUUACAAGGCCAGAUUGAAACUCUCUUUAAUGCUGUCUCUAACCAAGCAUUCCAAGUAAUUGGACAAAUCACCGCUCAAAUCAGUGCCACCUUUACUGUUAUCGUCGAUUUGGUUGCUACUGUCUCUCAAACUGCAUCUAAUGCUGCCGCAGGUGCCACCGACGCUGCAUCCAACGCUCUCAAUUCUGCAGUUGCUGGACUUACGGGUGCCUUUACCGUGCUUACUACUGUCCUCGAAACCGCUACAGUUGCUAUUCAAGGAGCCGUUAAUCAAGCCAUUCAAGUUGUUGGUCAGCUUACAGCUCAAAUUGAAGGUUUAGUCAAACUCGCCCAGGAUGCCCUUGCACAACUUACUGCAGCUCUCGAAGGUGUAAUCCAACAAGCGACACAGGUCCUUGGUCAAAUUACCUCUACCGUCCAAGGAUUUAUUCAACAAGGUGUCACUGUCGUGGCUAGUGUUACUGCCCAAUUUCAAGCUACCAUUUCUGGUGCUGUUGAAGUUAUUUCAGGACUUGUUGGUCAAGUCAGCGGUACCCUUAGUGGUCUGACUGGACUCUUGAGCAGUGACAUCGUUGGACAAAUUAGCGGACAGCUUCUCGGUUCCUUGGACAUCGUUGGAUCGUUAUUCGCUCAAUUCUCCGUUGUAUUCACCCAAGUUACAUCUGUCGUCUCUGGUCUUUCUGGCCUCGCUGGUGGACUCGGUUCAAUCGGUGGAGCAGUCGGUGGAGCAACUGGUGGAGCUACUGGUGGAGCUACUGGUGGAGCUACUGGUGGUUCAGGUGGCCCAUGCCCAUGCAGCGGUUAAAUGACUAUUCUUUGAUGUUAAAAUUUCAAUGGAAAUAUGGCAUGACUUUGGAACUUCUAGUUUUUAAGCGCAUAUAAAAAAACGUAAAAAAAAAUAAAUAAAAAGCAACAAUUUUGUGAAUGUAAAA